GCGGCGCGCGGCCUAGCGCGAGGCCUAGCGGGCGGGCGGGCCGCCUUAAAGCCCCGCCCUCUCGUAAAGCCGCCGCCGGCGGCGCCUGCGCCUCCCCGGCCGUGGAGCAGCCAUGAUGGAAGGCCUGGACGACGGCCCCGACUUCCUCACCGAGGAGGACCGCGGACUGAGAGCAAUAAAUGUAGAUCUUCAGAGCGAUGCUGCCCUUCAGGUGGACAUUUCUGAUGCUCUUAGUGAGAGGGACAAAGUGAAAUUCACUGUUCACACAAAGAGUUCAUUACCAAAUUUUAAGCAAAGUGAGUUUUCUGUUGUUCGACAACAUGAGGAGUUUAUUUGGCUUCAUGAUUCCUUUGUUGAAAAUGAAGACUAUGCAGGAUACAUCAUUCCACCAGCACCCCCAAGGCCGGAUUUUGAUGCUUCAAGAGAAAAACUACAGAAACUUGGAGAAGGAGAAGGGUCGAUGACUAAGGAAGAAUUUACAAAGAUGAAACAGGAACUUGAAGCAGAGUAUCUGGCAAUUUUCAAGAAGACAGUUGCAAUGCAUGAAGUGUUCUUGUGUCGGGUGGCAGCACAUCCUAUUUUGCGGAAAGAUUUAAACUUCCAUGUUUUCUUGGAAUAUAACCAGGAUUUGAGUGUUCGUGGGAAAAAUAAGAAAGAGAAGCUUGAAGAUUUCUUUAAAAGCAUGGUGAAGUCAGCCGAUGGUGUAAUUGUUUCUGGAGUAAAGGACGUAGAUGACUUCUUUGAGCAUGAGCGAACGUUCCUUUUAGAAUAUCACAACCGAGUUAAGGAUGCAUCUGCCAAAUCGGAUAGGAUGACAAGGUCACACAAAAGUGCUGCAGAUGAUUAUAAUAGAAUCGGUUCUUCAUUAUAUGCAUUAGGAACACAAGAUUCCACAGAUAUAUGCAAAUUUUUUCUCAAAGUGUCAGAGUUGUUCGAUAAAACACGGAAGAUAGAAGCACGAGUGUCUGCUGAUGAGGACCUCAAACUUUCUGACCUUCUAAAAUAUUACUUAAGGGAAUCUCAAGCUGCUAAGGAUCUCUUGUACAGAAGAUCCAGAUCACUUGUGGAUUAUGAAAAUGCUAAUAAGGCACUUGAUAAAGCCAGAGCCAAGAAUAAAGACGUUCUUCAGGCAGAAACCUCACAGCAAAUGUUUUGUCAGAAAUUUGAAAAAAUAUCAGAAUCAGCAAAACAAGAACUUAUAGACUUUAAAACUAGAAGAGUCGCUGCAUUCAGAAAAAAUUUAGUGGAAUUGGCAGAAUUGGAGCUGAAGCAUGCAAAGGGUAAUUUACAGCUGCUGCAAAGCUGCUUGGCAGUAUUAAAUGGAGACACAUAAACCAUCCUCCAUCCUGCCAUUAACAAGGGCUGCCUUCCUUUGGAUUUUAGUUUUGUUGAUGACCAGGCAUUACAGCUCACUGGAAACAAAAAGAAUCAGCUGACGUCGUGCACAUAAACAUUCUCCUUUUCUUUUGCCAUCUGAAUAAAAGAAAAAAAUGAAGUGACUUCGCUUCCGAGUGAUUCCAGACUGUACGAAGCGACCGUGUACUCAAUUACAUGUAUUCACAUGUACGUUUAUUUAAUCGUUAAGCUUUUCUUGUUCAGAAACCAAACAUUGUUUUUCGUGUGAAAGUAGCCAGUAUGAAUAGUAUUACUUGUGGCUGCCAAUCUUAUUUACCUCUGUAAGUAAUUUUCGGAGUUAUCCAUUUAAAAUACGUUGUUCAGAUGAAUGAACUAAAUAUUGUCAUUCGCUGAGUAUUGUUACUGUCGAGCAUCGUAUGAAUCCUUAGUUUAUCCAUGUAUCGGUAAAGCAUCCUAAUCUGACAUUUUAAUUAAUGAACAUUUCUUAGACGUUUUGGAACAGACUUUGUGUAAUCUUUUUUCUGUAUGAUUCCUGAAGAGAAGCAAAUACAUUAGUAUAUUUGCCUUAACUUGUAGACUAAUCCCAAUUACUGUAAAAUAAACCGUGAUGACAGUGA